AUGACCUGCGAAAUUGGUCCUCCCCGUUCGUACUCCCCGCGCCCAUACCACAGCUCCGUACCGUCUACGCUUUCCAUUGCCGAUACCUUGAUCCUAGUACGGGACAACGAUGCCACGGCGCGACAUUUGAAGACCCCAGAGGAUCUUUGGGAACCGAAUGUCGUCUGUCAGCGCUUGACACUUACUGGCAAUGGCUCUAGUUUGUGGCGCGUCGCUUUGUCUGAGAGCACCUGCGACCAACCACUCCUCCCGGCCGCACUACGAAGCUCCGAAGUCAUCAGCCGCCCGACAUGUGCUUGGGAGCGGAUGGGUUAG